AAUAAUAAUAAUAAUAAUAAUAAUUGGUCAAAGCGUAUAAAAUGGAAUUUUCUUUUUAUUUCGAAGUUUGUUUUGUUUUUAGUUCCAUUAUUCGCCGUAGAAAUUUACAACCUUUCUUCUUCCAAUUGAUUUCUCAUCAUUAAUGCUUCACAACCCAGAUGACUUUUCAUCAACAAUGACAUUCAAUCAAACCUCCUCUCUGCUCAGCACUACCAUUUGUAAGCUUUCCCUUAAUCUCUCUCUCUUUCUCUCUCUGUUUCAAAAUGCAAAACCAUAAGCUUUUGGGUUCUGCACAAAUCCAAAGCUUUCCGUAGCUGUCAUUUCUUCUGAGUUUAUACAUACAUUACCCAUUUCAAUAUCUUCUGUGAAGUGAACAGAUUCUGCCCUUUUCGUUGUUAAGAGUAUUGGGUAUUGGAUUAGUUUUAAUGGGUUUCUGAAAAAUUCUUUAAUAGAUGCGAAAUGGGAUAGAAUGGGAUGGGAUGGGAUCCCUUUUGACUUCAUUUAAAUCUUCUGUCAUCUCUGUUUCUGAAUGAAACUUGCUAAUUUGUUUGACAAUGGCAAUGCCGGAUGAUUGUCUGUUCUAAUUUUCUGAAUUUGUAACGGACUUGUCGUCUUUAGCAAUGUCGGAGAAAAGCAUGCUUCCCACUAGGUUAUUUUUGUACUUGAUAACCAUAUCUAUGUUCCUUCUAAUCCUUUCUUCUGUCUUCAUUCUACAAUCCAACUAUAAUUCAUUCUUCCCCAGUUCGGUACUCAAGUUUAUUGUUGUUAAUAAUACUUCAAAUUACCUUAAACCCAAUGUGGAGGAUGAACCAAUGGAGCUUCCUACACAACCUGUGGAGGAUGGACCAAUGGAGCUUCCUACACUACCUGUGGAAUCCAAAGAAGCCGUUAGAGAUAGGGAUGUUGAUUAUCCAGUUUCUAAUUUUGUCAAGGAUGAAGUUUCUGUGGAAAAUCAGUCAGACUUGGGUUGUGAUCCUGCAAAGGCUCGUUUGAGAGUUUUCAUGUAUGAUCUUCCACCUUUAUAUCACUUUGGAUUGUUGGGAUGGAAGGGAGGGAAAGAUCAAAUUUGGCCUAAUGUCAGUAAUAGAAGUGAAAUCCCAUCAUACCCUGGUGGGUUAAAUUUACAGCACAGUAUGGAAUACUGGCUUACACUUGAUCUUUUGUCAUCGAAUGCCCCGGAGAUGGAUCAUACUUGCACUGCGGUUAGGGUGAAGGAUUCUAGUCAAGCAGAUGUAAUUUUUGUGCCUUUUUUCUCCUCCUUGUGUUACAACCAACAUUCUAAGUCACACGGGAAGGAGAAAAUCAAUGUGAACAAGAUAUUGCAGCAUAAGUUGAUUCAUUUUCUGUUUGGUCAGAAGGAGUGGAGGCGAGCAGGUGGAAAGGAUCAUCUCAUAAUUGCACAUCAUCCGAAUAGUAUGUUGGAUGCGAGAAAGAAACUUGGCUCGGCUAUGUUUGUGCUUGCAGAUUUUGGAAGGUACCCAGCUGCCAUUGCAAAUAUUGAAAAAGAUAUUAUUGCUCCUUACAGACAUAUAGUGAAGACGGUUCCUAGUUCUAAAUCUGCCACAUUUGAUGAGCGUCCUAUUCUGGUGUACUUUCAAGGAGCUAUAUACAGGAAGGAUGGAGGUGUAGUUCGCCAAGAACUAUAUUACCUUCUGAAAGAUGAAGAAGACGUUCAUUUUACUUUUGGAAGUGUUAGGGGGAAUGGAAUCAACAAGGCAGGCCAAGGAAUGGCCUCAUCCAAGUUCUGCCUCAAUAUUGCAGGAGACACCCCCUCAUCAAAUCGACUUUUUGAUUCUAUUGCAAGUCAUUGUGUUCCUGUUAUUAUAAGUGACGAUAUUGAGCUGCCAUAUGAAGAUAUCUUGGACUACUCAGAGUUUUGUGUCUUUGUUCGAGCAGCAGAUUCUAUAAGGAAAGGUUAUCUACUAAAUCUUCUUCGUGGAAUUGGACGAGAAAGGUGGACAAAGAUGUGGGAUAGAAUAAAGGAAAUCGUGCAUGAAUUUGAAUAUCAGUAUCCAUCUCAAAGUGGUGAUGCUGUUGAUAUGAUUUGGCAAGCAGUGUCACGUAAAGUGUCAAAAAUAAAAUCUAAUCGGAAUAGGAAGAACAGGUACCGUAGAUCUCAACUUCUCCUAAAGAACAGUUGAUGAUGAAUUCAAUAAUCAUAGGAAGUUUUGUAGUCACGGAGAUCUGUCAUCCCUUCUCCAUGUUGCUGGGAUCAUGAAACUUUUAACUCAAAACAAAGUAGUUUUGAGAUUAUUGGCUGUCUAGAAUCAAUCUUAACUCGAUUAUUCAUUCAGUUAACUUGUAAAGUUCAUUGCAGCCUUA